UCAAAUCAUUAGUGUCAAGUAUCAUCAUAGAAGUGUAAUUAACUAAAUAUGAAAUCAAAUAUUACAUAAUGUUCCGGGUGAAUAUAAUCGACGAGCCUGGUUAUAAAUAAUGAUUUUUAAGUUAUAAAUUUCUAUUUUUUUGCCGGUGGUUUCAAAUGGCUAUCAUAAACUUGUAAUUUUAGACGUAGUCUAAGUAUAAUAUGGCAUCCAUACAAGGUGAAAUACGUAAAGAAGAUUAAAUGCACUUAGCUGUCUUCCCAACAAACCUAAUGUACACUGAAUAGAUUUUUUUCCUAUUACUGUUGCGGCAGUCCUUAAUAAUAGACAUAGCUCGUAAAUGAUUGAAGUGUUUAUUUACAAGUUGCUUACAAAAUGGAUUCAUUUAUGGACUUUUACUUCGAGGAAGUGUUUGUGAAGUUGAAUAGAGAUUCAUUAAACGAGAGAUACAAAAGACGUGAACUUGUUGAGUAUUUUAAUUCUGUGAUCACUGGAUGUGCUAAGGGGCAAAACAAAUCGGACAAUACAUCAUGUAAGAACUUCGUUAAUUCGGCUCUCAAGUUUCACAAUACUUGCAAGACGAAAAAUGGCGACGUGUGCCUAAUGGGGAAAUACCACAACCUCUUAUAUAUUGCGAUGAAACUGGCCUUUGAUUGGAGUUUACAAGACAAUGGAGUUGUUGCUGCCCUGUUAGAUGAGCUCUAUGCUUGUGAAAGGACGUUUGAAAGAAUCUUUUUAGGUGCAAUUUUUGGCACAUCUGCGCCAUUUUUCUUGGCUGGCUGGAAAUCAGACUUCAUGGACAAAGAAGAAAAUGUCCAUGCGCUGGUAUUUUUCUUGGAUCACGCUACCAAUGCCAACUUGGAAUGGAAAGAUGGCGACAGAUCGUACAGAUUUAUUGAUGUUCCAUUAGAAAGCUGCGGAAAAGCCUCUCCAGUGAGGGUGGUAAUACAAAUGGGUGCUUCCGAAAUUCUAAUGAUUCUGCUUAGAUUUGGAGCGCGAAUUACUUCAGAUCAUGUCUCCAAUAACCCUAUAGAGUCUAUAUUGGAUAGACUUAAUGAAUACAAUCGCAAGUAUCCGUAUGAAUUAGUUACUUGUUUAAAACUAACUAUGAGAGCUAUGCCACAUUUAAAUUUAACUGUGAAUAAAGAUGCAUAUAAGCACUUGGAGUUGCCAGAAGACUAUAACUAUCAACGGAAAGUGGCGCUGGAAAAAUAUGGUGACAUUUUAAAUGAUCAUUUAGUUUUAUCCUCAAGAUGUGGUUUGAAGCCGGUGGAGUUGAAGCAUUUAUGCAGAUGUUUAAUUCGGGACAGACUUUGGCAAAAUUUUGAGUUACCAUUUGGAAUAUAUAAGCUACCAAUACCAAUGUCGUUGAAGAAAUAUUUGGACCUAUUAGAUGAUUAAUAACAUUAAUAAAACUGGAUCCAAUUUUGUAUAA